AGUGCGUUCAAAAAGGGGCGCGCAAGAGACGCACCGGCGGCGCUGGAGACACUCGAGUUACGCACGAGUUUGAGCGUGUAGCAGUGCAACAUUUCCUUCUUCAUAGGCCCGUGUUUGUGUCAGAAGAAUCAAUACAAUGAUGAUGAUGACGAUGAAUCAAACAGAGACGCAGUACAACAACGGCUACGUGCAGGAGGAGUACAUGCUCCAGGUGGAUGAGUGGGACCGCGACCUGCUGCUCGAUCCCGCCUGGGAGAAACAACAGCGCAAGACUUUUACGGCAUGGUGCAACUCACACCUGCGUAAGGCUGGGACUCAGAUUGAGAACAUAGAGGAGGAUUUUCGUAAUGGACUCAAGUUGAUGCUCCUUCUUGAAGUCAUCUCUGGUGAAAGGCUGCCUAAACCAGACAGAGGAAAAAUGCGAUUUCACAAAAUAGCCAAUGUGAACAAAGCCCUGGAGUACAUCACCAGUAAAGGAGUAAAGCUGGUGUCCAUAGGAGCAGAAGAGAUCGUUGAUGGAAAUGUAAAGAUGACUUUGGGAAUGAUCUGGACCAUUAUUCUCCGCUUUGCCAUUCAGGAUAUCUCGGUGGAAGAAACCUCUGCUAAAGAGGGGCUACUGCUGUGGUGCCAGAGGAAGACGGCUCCAUACAGGAACGUCAACGUGCAAAACUUCCACUGCAGCUGGAAGGAUGGCCUGGCCUUCUGUGCCCUUAUACACAGACACAGACCAGACCUGAUUGACUACUCCAAGCUCAACAAGGAUGAUCAUCUAGGCAACCUGAACCUGGCACUGGAAGUUGCAGAGAAACACCUUGACAUCCCCAAAAUGCUGGAUCCAGAAGACAUCAUAAACACCCCCAAACCUGAUGAGAGAGCCAUCAUGACCUACGUGUCCUGCUUCUACCAUGCUUUUGCUGGAGCCGAGCAGGCGGAGACCGCUGCUAACAGGAUUUGUAAAGUUCUUGGGGUCAACCAGGAGAACGAGAAGUUCAUGGAAGACUAUGAAAAACUGGCCAGUGAGCUGUUAGGAUGGAUCCAUCGCACCAUCCCGUGGCUGGAAAACCGGUCUCCCGAGAGCUCAAUGGCAGCCAUGAAGAAGAAACUUGAAGAUUUCCGUGGCUACCGUCGCAUCCACAAGCCACCAAAAGUGCAAGAGAAAUGCCAGCUGGAGAUCAACUUUAACACGCUGCAGACCAAACUGCGCAUCAGCAACAGGCCUGCCUACAUGCCCUCUGAAGGGAAAAUGGUGUCGGACAUUACAAGUGCAUGGCAGGGUCUGGAGCAGGCAGAAAAAGGCUAUGAAGACUGGUUACUGAGUGAACUUAGACGUCUGGAGCGUCUUGACCACAUGGCUGAGAAAUUCCAGCAGAAGGCGCUCACCCACGAGAGCUGGGCUAAAGGUAAGGAUGAGAUCCUGAUUCAGAAGGACUAUGAGAAGGCGUCUCUGACAGAGGUGCGGGCGCUUCUCAGGAGGCAUGAGGCAUUCGAGAGCGACCUUGCCGCACAUCAAGACCGGGUGGAGCAGAUUGCCGCCAUUGCACAGGAACUCAAUGAACUGGAUUACCAUGCGGCAACAGCCAUUAACGAGCGUUGUCAGCAGAUCUGUGAUCAGUGGGACCAGCUAGGAACUUUGACUCAGAAAAGGAGAGAAACCCUGGAGAGGACAGAGAAAUUGCUGGAGACAAUCGAUCAGCUCUUCCUGGAGUUUGGUAAAAGAGCUGUUCCGUUUAAUAACUGGAUGGAGGGAGCCAUGGAGGACCUACAAGAUAUGUUCAUAGUGCACAGCACAGAGGAGACUGAGACCUUGAUUUCUGCCCAUGACCAGUUCAAAACGACGCUGCCUGAGGCAGAUGUGGAAAGACAGGCCAUCCUGAACAUCUACAGUGAGGUGCAGAAAAUCACGCAGGCUUACAACAUCUCUCCCAACCUCACCAACAUCUACUGCCAACUCACCCCAGCUGAGAUCAGCUUCAAAUGGGACACGGUGAAGAGACUGGUCCCUCAAAGGGAUGCUGCAUUACGGGACGAGAUAUCCAGGCAGCAGGCGAACGAGCGCCUCAGAAGGCAGUUUGCUGCCCAGGCCAACGCAAUCGGACCCUGGAUUCAAGCGCGCAUGGAGGAGGUUGCACGCUGCUCUGUGGAUACAGGCGCCACUUUAGAGGAUCAGAUGAAUCAGCUGAAGCAGUAUGAGGGUAUGAUCAUCAGCUACAAGCCCAACAUCGACAAGCUGGAGGGAGAUCACCAGUUUAUCCAGGAGUCACUCAUAUUCGACAACAAACACACCAAAUACACCAUGGAGCAUAUCCGUGUUGGAUGGGAGCACCUCCUGACCACUGUGGCUCGCACCAUCAAUGAGAUCGAGACUCAGAUCAUGAUCCGUGAUGCCAAGGGCAUCAGUCAGCAGCAGCUCACCGAGUUUCGCUCAUCCUUCAGCCACUUUGACAGGAAGAAGAAAGGAGGAAUGGACACUGAUGAAUUCCGAGCAUGUCUCAUCUCCAUGGGUUAUGAUCUGGGUGAGGCGGAAUUUGCUCGGAUCAUGUCAGUGGUCGAUCCGAAUGGUAAAGGGACGGUGACGUUCCAGUCGUUUGUGGACUUCAUGACCCGAGAGACCACUGAGACUGACUCUAAUGAACAAGUCGCUGCUUCCUUCAGGAUCCUCGCUGGUGAUAAGCCAUAUAUAAUGAUUGAGGAGCUAAGGCGUGAGCUGCCUCCUGAACAGGCUGACUACUGCAUUUCCAGGAUGCCUCUAUACACCGGGCCUGAUGGAGUGCCAGGAGCCCUAGAUUACCAAGCUUUCUCUUCUGCCCUCUAUGGAGAGAGUGACCUUUAAACACACACACAAACACACACACCUUUUUUUUCUUUUUGAUUGCCAUGUGUUACACUACUGUUUCUAGCACUCCGUCCUUUGGCAACUUUUCCUAGGGUUAUCAACUACAACACAGUGUGUAUCCUUCAAUCCAUGUGUAGACUAGCUGGAUUCUAACUAGCUGGUUCCAUUAAUAAAUGUGUAGACUAGUGUGCUAACUAGCUGGUUCACUAUUUACCUAGUUGCUAUGUAGCUACCAAGAAUAAAGUAGUGAUGUAUCAUCAGUAAAAAUUUGUAUCUAAAAUAUUUGCCUACAUUUAGAAAAACAUUUUUUUGAAACAAUAAAUAAUAAUAGCUUA